AUGAAGGUAGCGGUAUGGUUUCAAAAUAGAAGAGCCAAGCAUCGAAAACAAGAGAAACAACUAUCAAAAGCUCUUGUUCCACAGUCUAUGUUCCCACCACAAACAGCAGGACAAAUUAUGCGAGCACCAAUGUAUCCACCUAGCGCGAUGUCUGCGCGAACUGCUGCUGAUUCUUUCUGGUAUCAGCCAUAUCCAGUACCACGGCCAAUGGCAUAUCCAAGUGCAGCUCAGCCAUAUGGCGCUGUGUCAACUUCAGGUUUCAGCAAUGCAAUGGCCGGAUCAACAAUAAGUUCAUUUGGCACAGACCCAACAGAGGAUUUUUAUCAAAAAAGUUUGGCGCUUAGAAUGAGUUGUCGGGCUCCAACUACUAAUGUGCAAUAUCAAAAUUGA